UGCUGCGGGCACCGGGAGUGCUGUGCUACGGAGAAUCCGCUGCGAUGUGUUCUCCCCACUGAGUUACCUUUUUUCCCGUUCGGGACGACACAGACUCGCGGCAGUUGGGGAAGCGUUUUCCCUGUUUUGUCCCCUUUGUUUCCCCUUAGUUAUUUUUUGUCCUUUUCUAUCCCACCGAACUUUGACCACCUCGAAAACUCCUCUCAACGUUCUUUUCUCGCACCAGUCCAACCCUCAUAUCUAAGGUGUGCGGAAAGCAACAGCUUCUUUUAGAGCGUUAACAGUUUCAAGUUUUAGCAUCUCUCUCUUUUGCCCGAGUGUUCCGUCGCGUGGUGCUUGGCCUCGUGUGCUGGUGUCCAAACUGUGUCGUUCUCUCUGUGGAUAGCUACAAAAACGGGUUUCUCGACGAGCUCACGAACUACGAUUAACUCGAGCGAUCUCACCUGCAAGCAAUUAAGCCAUCGCUUCGUGCGCUUGUGGCACGUGACUGCCGUCAGUUGUGGAAAAGCAAAGCAAACAAACAAAGCACUCCGUAGGGCAUUCAACAAAGCGCCGCAAGACACCGAUUCGAGGCAAGAAAGUAGCCACUUCGAGGUGGGCUUUCGGAGUUGCCAGUUCAUCUCCGCGGACUCACAAGCAAGACCCGCAAUCGUCCUGCACUGGGACGGGACAAGUCAUCGCCUACAAGACGCAGGCAACAAGUGGUCCCGGAGCCGACACUUUUCUUCGCUCUUCGAGAAGGUGCAAAUCGUCUUUCGACUUGGCGGUGAAGACGACGACGUGUCUUUUCUUCAAACAGUGAGGCAAUCGGCACGAACGCAUCUCAAAUCAUCGUCGUUGUGAACCACGUCUUGUCUUCGAGGAGUGAGGAAGUGCUGCAUUGUGGAUUAACGUUGCGCAGAGGCUACCGCGACAAAAGAGAAAAAGAAGGCAAAAUCUACACUUUAUUUUUUUUCUCUCUCUCAACUCGUCGCAUCCUCGCGCAACUAAAGGCAGAAAAGAAUCGACUCGGAAGCUGGGACGCAAAACGAAAGGGCGCAGAACAGACGUUGCAGUGCCCAAGUCGUUCAACAGCGGUGAUCAUAUAGUGAAAGCCGCUGAAGCAAUAACACUUUUGCCUGUCUUCAUCACGACCCCGCCUCGCCACCUGUUGUGAGGAGAAAGCGAGACAUACGGCAGAGCGCCCCCUAUGCGGCCGCCCCCGAAAGCAGCAGCGACGCCGCAUCAGCAUCAGCAGUCCCAUCGAGAGCGACAGCAGCAUCAGCACAGGCGUCAUCGGCAUCGUCAGCACCGCCAGCGUCGGGUCCAGGGCCCAGCGGCCCAUAGGGCCCCGUGAAAGGCCACCACCAUAUUCCCGAGGACGCCCAGCUCGCCGCAUGUGCUGCAGCUGGCGUCGGCUGCGGCCGCCGCCGGCUCGCCGCCGUCGGCCGCCGCCGUGCCGCCGAGCGCGGCCACACUGGCGGGAGUGGGCAGCCUGGCCGCGGGGGCGGCGCCCGGCGCAGCGGGCGCGCCCACCACGCUGCCGGCCUCGCUGGUCGCCGAGGAGCGAGGCAAGCUGGCCGUGGCUGGCAUGCCCGUGAGCCCCAAGGGGGGCCGCCGGCGUUCCGUCAUCGCCGAGCUCGUCAAUCCCGGCGGGGGGGACAAGCUGCGCACGCGGCCCGCCACGCCUUUGGAGGCGAACCCGAUCUCGCAGUUCUACGAGAUCGGCCGCCAGACAGCCUCGGCGGGACCCGAGCUGAUAUGGAAGAUCUACGACGCGCAGCGCAAGUCGGACAAGAGGGAAGCGUCGGUGUUCGUGUUCGAGAAGCGCGUGGCUGAGAAGCUGCACAAGCCCAAACGCAAGGAGACCGUGACCGAGAUCCUUCGCUUCAGUGUGAGGCAGCUGGAUCGCUUCAAGCAUCCCAAAUUGCUCACCAUCUAUCACCCCAUCGAGGAGGCCAGUGAAACCCUGGCGUUCGCCACGGAACCGGUGCUGGGCAGCCUGGCCAACAUCCUCAACUGCCUGGAAGAUCGGCUGCCGCAGUGCCUGCCACACGAGAUCAGGGACUAUCAGUUCCUGGACAUCGAGAUCAAGUACGGACUCUUACAGCUGACGGAGGCACUGUCAUUUCUGCACUAUUCGUGCAAGCUGAUCCACCGGAACCUGUGCCCUCAGUCGGUGAUCGUCAACAAGCGCGGAACAUGGAAGCUGGCUGGCCUCGAGUUCACCGAGAAAUGUAGUGACACCGACCUGUUGAGCCCGGUGAACUGCCAACCAUUCACGUCCAAGCUGCCCAAGAUGGGCCAGCCGGACCUGGACUACACGGCGCCCGAGAUCCAGGCCACGUCGUCCUGUUCGCCGCUCUCGGACAUGUUCUCCCUGGGCCUGGUCAUCUGCGCCCUGUUCAACAACGGUCACUCCAUCAUCGAGGGGAACCUCUCCACCACCACGUACAACAAGCAGCUCGAAGUGCUCGAAGGCAGCUUGCACAACCUGCUGGACCGUGUGCCACACCACCUCCAGGAGCCCCUGCAGGGACUGUUGCAGGUGGACCCCAGGCGGAGGCCCAACGCACAAAACUUCUCCAUGAUCAAGUACUUCAUGGACCCAGCUGUGCACGGACUGCAGUACCUGGACGUGAUCCAGAUGAAGGACUCGACGCACAAGUCACACUUCUACCACAACCUCAAGACGGCGCUGCCAAACAUACCAAAGAAACUCUGGUGGCAGCAUGUUCUCCCCUCGCUCAAGAUGGAGCUGCAAUCUCCCGAAGUGCUGGCGGCUGCCCUGCAACCCCUGCUCUUCAUCAUCGAGGAGAGCACCGUGGACGAGUACCAAACUAUCAUCUUGCCCAUCUUCCGCAGCGUCUUCGGCAUGCCCAAGUCUGUUCAGGCGACGGUAACGCUACUGGAGAAUCUCGACGUCCUGAUGAAGAAGACCCCCAAGACGGACAUCAAGGCGGACGUUCUUCCGAUGCUGUACAACUCGUUUGAUUCAACAACCCCGCAGAUCCAGUGUGCAGCAAUGCAUGCGAUAGCGCAAAUUGCAGACUACCUCGAAGAAAGCGCUGUGCGCAAAAUGGUGCUGCCGAGGACAAAGCAAGUCUUCGAAAACAACUCCGGAAUCAAGGUGCAGGCGAACGCUCUGACCUGCAUCGAAAAGAUCAUUGACAAGCUCGAGAAGACAGACAUCUUGGAUGAAGUCCUACCCAUGUUGGGAAAGGCCAAGCUCCAGGACCCGGCCAUACUCAUGCCGGUCGUCCGGAUCUACAAGCACAUGCUGAGCGACAAACGAUACGGACUAACGGUCAACCUUCUCGCCACCAAAGUGAUGCCAGCCCUUAUACCCGUCGUAGUCAGCCCUGCCCUGAAGCUCGAUCAGUUUACGAGUCUUAUAGAGUUACUCCAAGAAAUGCUCGAACACGUCUCCAAAAGCCAGCGAAACAAGCUCAAGUUGGAAAAGCUGUCGAUACCUUCGACGGACAUCGCAGCGACGCCGGACGAGGCACAACAACACCGGGUCGUGAGUCCGCCGGAUAGGCUGCCCGUACAGACGCCCUACAACAUGGAGCAGCCUACAGGAUACCCACACCGCCCACCUUCACUCCGCCUCGAGUCCCGACGCACGUCCAUCAGCAUGGACGACGUCGUUCGCAGGACCUGCAGUUCAGCUUCGUCGUCGCCAGACUCGAAUCUGCUGCGCGUUCAGGCCACGCUCCCAGGGCGGAGGCACUCGGACAACACGAUCCAGCCCCCGAGGAUCCUGGUGGCCCCCUGUUCGCCCGAGGGCACCGUCAGCUAUACCCCGGGGGGCCUCCCCGUUCGCAGGCAUUCCAGUGUCGGGACGCAGGACUCGCGUUUUUCGGGAUUCUUCAGUUCGCCCAAGAUGACACAGGCGAGCCCCAACCUGGGCGUGGACUUCUUCAGCUCGAGCAGGGCCAACGUAAGGCGCUACUCCGCCGCUGCUGUAUGCGGCGCUGCAGGACUGCCCAACGCCGCCAAUCAGGCAUCCAGCUUCCUGCAGCAGAUUGGCUCUGGAGUUCAUCUGCCAGUGCCGCUGCCAAGGGCCUCGUCUCCGACGGCGUCGCCCCACCACUCUCCGCGGUCUCCUCUGUCACCGCGCUCGUUGUCACCCCGAUCGCCGCUAUCACCGCGUUCCCCGGCGUCGUCGAGGUCUCCAUCGUCGCGGUCUCCGUCGCUGCGUUCUUCGCCGCCGAGGACCUCGCCGGCGGUGUCGAGGUCACCCUCGCCUAGGGCCUCCAGGCGGCUCCUGCCGCAGCCCAGGAUCCCCUCGCCAGCCGUGGGCAACGUCACUCAGGCGUGAGCGCGACGACCCUGCGCACACGAGCCUGUUUAAAAAUUAUUUCGACAAUGAUCUCAAGUAGCAAGCACUGACUACGCCACCACCAACAGCCUGGGACGUGUGGGCUAUGCAGGAGAAUGCAUUUCGAUCAAGCUAGGAGGUGCUUUUCGGUUUGAUUCCCGUGGCUUGGUAUGGGAUUACAUCUCACUUCUGGCUUGAUGUUUAGCAAUUCGAACCUGUCAAUGUUAUGUAUCAUCUGUCGCGGAAGAUCUUACACCACAACGCAAUCGUGGUCUGAGCGAGCGUAAGGCUCUGUGUUGGCGCUGCUAUCACGCUCGUUUGCCUGCAUUGUUGUUGAAGAGUCACUAGAGGCCUAGCUGCUAUUACGGUCUCGGAAAAAUCCAGCACAGAGGAGCGUGACGCAACCACAAGCCAUAUGCCCAUAUUUACCACAACCGCGUUGUUCGGGGAUCUUUUGAGACAAAUUGUGCUUGUGUUAGUUAUCUUCAGUUGAUGCAAAACACGUUGUGUUUCCUGCCGGGGCGUACCGAGUGAUGCUUAUUUUUACGUGCGUCUCAUAGUUCUUGGAAGCCUUUAUGCCAGCUGUAAUGGUGCUCGGGAUUCCUGCAUAAUGUCUGAGUUAGCAGGACUGCAGUUUGGCUUGAGAUGCCUGAUGAAGCGAAUGCCAUAGCGGUUCCACAUAAAUCAAAGACUCAGGCACGCUAUUUCAAUUAGGUUUUCACGUGUGCCGGGCCACCCUCAGUGCAUCCCUCACUUGACAUGUUAUGAAGUGCAAUUGUGGAGGAAAUGCGGGAGCGUGGUCCGAGUGAGCACGAGUUUUCCUCUAGUUUCAUUUUUCUGCGAAAGUGCAUCUGUACCCAUGUGGGUUUCAUCACACUGUGCGUAAUUUUCCGCAGCAUUAUUUUUACUGAGCUGCAUGCACUGUUCAACUUUCGAUGUAAUCUCACGUUCAUAACGCAAAAAAGUGUCCAGGGUCGCAAGAAUGGUUAUUCAAGGAUGGUGCUUUCAUAUCUAAAGCUAAACGUCGCGUCCUUUUCUCAAGAAAGUAACCCUGACCAUAAAAUUUGCGUAUUUAUCAGCGUGUAUUGUAUUGGGCACUGUUUGACGUCGCGCUAGGCAUUUAUUGUGAUGUCAUUUAAUUUUGUUUGAAUAAUUGCAAGCUGAAGUUCAAGCGAGUUGGAGUGCGAGAUGAUGAACUGGACCCUUUUUUCUCUGUAAACACCUGAUGAUACUCUAGUAGGAACGCUGCUGAGAACAUUACGUAAAAUUCAUACUUGUACGAGUCGCGAUUUCAGCGAUUCUUGUAGGUAGCCUAGUUUCUCAGUCUCCAGCUUCGGUGUUUUGCUCAUGCAUUACUGAGCUCCACUUUAAGUCACUGGGGUCUGUCGCCGGAAGGUGUUUAUGGCUCAGCUGUCAAUUUUUUUUUUCACUACCAGUUGUUCCUAACACUGCAUGGCCCGAGUGCCACUUAGUAGGUUUGGCGUUACAACAACUAAAACCUGUCUGGUACCAGUAUGACUACAUCGACGAAAAAACACAAACAAUAACAGAACCACACAGGGUCCCAUAACCGCGACUGGCGUCGAUACCGUUUCAUUAAACUGUGUUGCGCUUGGAGCAAGGAAACAUUGUGGCUACACACUACCAGGGUGCAUAUUCAUGUUCGUUUUAACGGCCUUCUCGUUAACUUCUAUACAAGACCAUAUAUAAAUACACACGAGCCAAGACAAGACUAUGAUCGGAGUGGAUGCCUUUGUCACCAGCCUUUUCUGAGUACAUGGCUGGGAUGGAACUCAAGCUCCAGCCAGGGUGUAGUGAGUAAAACCAGAACACGUUGCUCAAUGAGCAGGCUUGUCCUCAAGGCAAAGCGUGCAGUGUCUGCCAACCUGCGUUUUCGUCGAGCACUCGCAAGAGGUCGUUCGUAUUCAGUAUUUAAGCUACUCUCAUAAUUGUUGAACGACUACGAGUAACGCAUGUUUUGGGAAACUGCUCGAAAUAGUGGGCAACUUUCAGCCAGCGUGCCGAAGUCCAUUCUUCUCGGAUAACGCAGCGUCAGUAUUAAACUGUUGUCAAGUAGGCACUAAACUAGGAAACAACUGUAGUCUUGUUACGUGGCGCUGCACAUCUUGCAACGGUGUGGUAAAUGAUUGCGCUUCGAAUCGUUAAAGAUGUAGCAAUCAUGCAAGUGCGGAACUGACAGCAGUGCCGCUCAAAGACUACUAAUUUCUUUAUUCUUGGCAUCUAAUUGGCCUCAAAGAAGGAAGGUUGUGCAAAUCGCUCGAGGUUCGAGAAAACGCUGAAGCAUAAUAGGACUGUCCCUAAAUUACCGGAAGUAAAGAAUCACACACUUUGCGUAAACUUUUUUCUUUCUUUUCCUAUAUUUAUCAGAGAGAACGCGUUCUUUCUUGUCUAUUGUUUCGAUUUAGCAGAGUCAUUUUUGCUAUCAAAGUAGGGUUAAGCUAACGCCGGAAUAAUUACUAGUUUUAUGAUAUAAAACUUGCCAUUGUACUUUCGUUUCGCUUUCCAUAGAUUGUAUGAGCACAUUCUUUCUAAAGCUAAUUUUCAGAAGAUAUUGUAAAAAUUCCUGAAUUGUUAUUGUUCAUUGUAUAUUUAAGGUUUUAGCCUUAUUGGCCUAUGCUAGCCGAUGUCAAGUGAGCACUGCAUUGGCUCUCCUUAUUUCCUUGUUUCCAAGUGAACAUGAUAGGUUAUUCUGAUUUCUCAUAGGCACCUCAUUCAGUUUGUGCAAAUUACUUUCUUAAAUACAGUUUUACUAUACUGCAGUCGUCACUAUUUAAAAUACUUGCCAUAUAUUUUGGGAUAUUACAGAUGUCAUAUCCUCCCUAAAUUUCUCGUUCGCUUUGCAACGCACCAAACAAUCUAACCUGAUCUCGGCAGAAGUUGUCGAAUAUAUCGAACAGGAAUAAACAUUCACGGAAUGUUGAACCUAAUAUGUUACGUAUUUUUUGUCUGUAUUCCCACCUAUCCCCGUAAUCGCACGGCAGUAUUCAAUGGCACACGAAAGCUGGUCUCGUGAAAGGCUUUUUCACUUGGCAGAAGUAAGAGGAGCCCGUACUAAGUAGAAAGUUCCAUCUCCAAGCUCGUAAACUUCGUGAACCACUCCUCGAAACUCACGCUAGUUCCAAAUGCAACAACGAUACUGAUUCUGAAACAUGAGCUACAGGUUUGACGAUCAUCGAACUUAAAGCAAGCGUUUACCGUAGAUGUCGGCAGUGUGUGUGUUACGCCUACGCCACCCACAGUGUCGCCCAAACAAAGCUGGCGGCUCACCCUAGCGCAGUACCAAUACACGCGAAGGCAACAUUUUGCCCAUAGCACCCGCUGCACCUGCACACCUGUGACCAAAGCAGCAAAGGCGACUCCUUUUCACUCCAUCGCUUUGCACUGCAUAAAAAUUCAAGGGGCAACGCCGGCUGUCUUUCUGGUUCAGAAGUCUUGACAGGCGGUGCUUGAUGUGAACUUGUAUCAAUAAUCACAAAUUACUGUUGUUGUUGGUGGCUCCUGUGUGCCCUUAGAGCGAGCGUGAAUGGACUCUAUUUUGUAUCCGUUGAGCGUGGCUGCUUGCAAGCCUUGAUUCUGGUUAAUGUCAUCCUAGAGCCGGCAGGUUAAUUUCCUCGUGUGACCAUGUUUUACGCACACUGCAAAACAUAACGCACGUCCGCUUGAACAUACAUCCUUCCGCUUUCAAUUUCCCUCGCCUCCGCAUUCUUUAUCGUGUGUGAAACCACCCUCAAGGUCUAUGCAAGCGCGUCAGUAGUACGUAGCAUGUACACGCGAUUUGCUGUUUGCCCGAAAGCGUGGGGGAGGGUGCGGAGUUGCUCACAUAUAACCAAGCUUUCAUCACACCGGGAGAGAUUGAUGUGUCUCAUAUUUGUAAGCGCCAAACAGCAGCGACCAAAUUUUUUAGAGACUAUUGCAGAUACACUCCACCGUCUCGUCAAAACUCAGGCACUCGGAGAAGCAAUGAUUCGUUGUUUUUUAUGCAUCAAAAUGUUUUUAAUGAAACCUACAGAUGUGAGGCUAAAUACAUUUUCAGUGAUUAACAGUGGUAGAACGAAGUGUCGCUGAAGCCAAUGGCCGGCAAUAAGAUUUGUCUUCGUAAGGGCAGCUGACGAACUUAAGUCCACUUGUCGACUUCAGCGAAAUUCCUUGUUCGACCACUGUUAAUUACUUCAAGCCGUCAUGUUUAUGUGAAGUUCUCUCGUGUUGAGAGAUAUUUUCAUAAUAAACGUUGCAACGUUUUGACAUAGAACCUACAUCUCAGUAACAUUGUUUCCUAAAUUCUAACAACUCUAAUGAAGUAGUGCCUUUCAGUUAUUUUCAAAUGAAUCUUUCCUGUCGGCACACUAGAAAGAUGCGUGUAUUAAAGACAGUACAGAUAUUUCCAGCAUCAUCAAUUUGAACUCUCGGAUAAAGGCAUUGUCAAUAUAAAUUGGACUUGGCAAGUAUAAACCUGCGGUAGUUAUGAGUCAUGCCUGGCUUCUUCGUAGCACUAUUCAAUCACGACUGCUGAUCCGUUCGGGCAGAUCAUUUCAGUGUAUUUAUGUUUUGAGUGAUGUAUGCCUAUCGUGGAGAGGGAAAUACCGAUAUAAGAGACGCCGUCAGAACAAAUUUCUCAUGGUACGCUGUAUUCUGAAGGUGUUAGCAUUGUUUCCUUGUUUCUAUCAUAUUUGAACGUGUGUCGCGCGACGAGGCACAUUUUUUCUGACAAUCCAUCGAGCACCCUCCUAUCACUCGGCUCUUCGUGUUCACGUGCGUGUGCGGUACUGUGCUCUCUGCACCUUUCACACAACCAUCGUUGUUGUUCACUUAAUGUUGUUUUCCUCAUGCUAACGUUCCUCUGACGUGCUUUCAUGAAUGAACGAAACCCUUGUGCCACAUGCUUGUAAGCAGAGCAUGCAUAAUCGUCCCGAUGUGAAAUUGCCAGAAUUGCAUGAGAAUCAAUGCACAAGCUCUGAUUUACCUUGUUUCUGUACCAAGUGAACGCAUAUCAGGCACCAUUCCGAAGCGGGGCGUCAACAUGUUUCAAAGAGGUUGCAUUCUCGCAAACUAACAUUCUCGUAAACUUACAUUCGCGGACAACACUCUCGGGCAGUGACGGGAAAACUACAAGUGCGAAGUUUCUGGAUAAGUGUUAGUGCACCAAAUAGUCCCGUAGACUUUGACAGCGCUUUCUGUUUCCGUUCUGAGAGUACAUACUGGAUUUACUUAGCUUGUUACUUGUGGCAGUUUCGCAUUCCCAAAACGUGUAAGAAAAAAAACUAAAGAAAGAUCAAAAUUCACCCCUCAGUGGUCUGAAUGAUAUCUCAUUUUAAGGGAUAGAUAGAAAAAUGAAAGAAAUGCAAAAAAAGGCAGGAAUAUUGAUCAGAACCAAAAGUUAGGUUAGCUACCCUACACCGUGGACUGCUAGUGGGAGGUAGAAAGAAAAAAAUAGAGAGAUGCAUCACGGGCUAACGGUCGCAGCCAAUCUCAGCAUACGACAACCGUUAACUCUGGUAUAAAGUCGCUUGCGCAGAUUUGUUAUCCUUGAGAAUUGUAACAGAGUUUUGUUUCAAUGCAAGUGCUGUAAUGGAGAAGGCGAUUAUGUUUUCUGUUCCCCACCCUAAACAAGCGUGAGAGAAACAGUGGAACUGGUUUCAGGAGCAUUGUCACGUGUGCACUUCAUCUCCAUAGCUUUUCCUUCAUUGCCACAAAUAAUUCUCUACGAGCAUGCCGUGAAACAUGGAGCGAUAUUGUAGACUUCGAGCACGUUAAUCAUGCUUACUUCAAAUGCAAUCUGCGUCAUUUGUGGCACGAGCGUUUCGUCUAUUGUUUUCUUGUCAAUACCCUCAGCGCAUCACGCAACUAAAGCAGCCAUAAGACGGGGAAAAGCGUAAUAAAGACGUGCGAAACCACAGGCUUCGGUGCCGCCUUAGUAUCCGUCACUUGUAUAGACGCCGUUAUAGAGACUGUUUUAGACGCUGUUACAUUGCCCUGUUGAAUGCGAUUGUGAAGUUGAACCGCUGUUCUCGCUCGUAGAGCAUGUAUCUGCGUACGUGUAUACAUAUUCUACCUAUGUUACAGCAUGACCUCUUGUUAGAAAUCUAAGAUUUGUGUGUUACCAGUGUUGCUGUUGAACAUGGUGUUGUUAGAAUGUAAUAUUUUUCGCUGAAGAUUUAUGCUCCACUGUUUCCAGAUUAUUUGCAAUUACAGAUGUUCCAUGAAGGCUCUCAAAAUUGUCGGUGCUCUGUCCACAUCAUCUAGAAAACCUAUUGAAUUUUCAUGUGCUUUUUCCUCUUGGUGCACCGGGGAAUGCGUGUACCUUUACAGCAAGUCUGAAAGUCUUGGCAUAAUUUUACGCCUUGCAUCGUCGCAAGUACGACCAGGUCGCAAGUACGACCUAGUCAAAAUCUUGUUAUCGCCGUGCUGACAACAUCAUGCACAAAACUUGGUUUUUACGACAUAAAACCACGGCGUUUAUUGAUUUCACCUGCACGGUGAUCAAUAUUUAUUUCAGAGACCAUCUUAAGCUUCUAAAAAUUGACGUUAGUUACGCAUAAGUGACCAGAUCUUUUUUAAAGCCUCUGUGAGCGACUUGCGACGAUAUUGAAUUCUCGGUGUGUCCAAUUAAGCAUAUGUGCAAGAUUGCGGCAAGUUUUCUUUUUCCAAAUGAUGAACUUUAGCUGCCCGUUCCUAUAUCUAAGGUCGACACAUAUCGGCAUUUAAGGGUAUGAUACAUAUCUCUUAUAUAUACAUCAUUCAGAAACAUGGAUGCGAUGUAAUUCAUCCCUUUAUUAUUGCUAGUGUGUGCUAAAAUUUAGCAUCCCCUCCGUUACUUAUUCGAAUCACGCCAUUUUCGUUCUCAUUUCUCUACUUUUUCUGUCUUAUCAAAGAUUAGCAUUCAAGUGAUAUUUGUAGACAUGAACAUAUCUACUUACAUUUCCUGGCUCAUAUUUUGACGAAGCCGGAAUUAUAUUUAUGAGAGAAAAUAUAUGUCGGGAAAUUUAACUAAAGAAAAAAGCCAGCCCCCAGGAGCAAACAUUACAAGAUGUUUGCACGUUAUUUCCCCGUACUUAGUUUCAUUUUUAUCUGAAAAAGCUGAAAUAUCUAUGCACAGGCUCUGAAAGCCAAGCCCUUGCUUUGCGCCCUCCAAUUUUUCGUGCUUGAGUCCGAUCUCACACAUCCUUCACCUCACAUAUCAGCGUCCUUGCAUUUUAUGGUCAGUUCAACUGUUUCCAUUGGUCGUUAUAUUCGGAACUGUGCGUAGAGCUGACGCGCACCCAUGUGCCUAAAGAAUUCGGCAGACAACACUCGCACGAGCAAGACCUAAUACGUUUCGUGACCUUCUUGAUUUGCAACAGCAGUUGUGUUAUGUCAUCCGGUGCAGUUCUCCGACUAAUGUUACUCAACAAAAGGCGAAUUGCAAGUCUACAUUUGUUUGCUGAUGUUUUCAGGUUUACCAUUCACAGUUGGCCAAAUCAUGCUAAUUCCUCUGCGGCUGUGUAAAGCUAAAAGCUAUGCACGCCUUUCAAUUCCUACUUUUCGUUGAAGGACGCAUCCCCGAGGACAUUACUGACUGUCGUAAAGUUCACCAGUUGUGUCGCAUUGAGUCUACUUUUAACUGCUGUAUCAUGCACACCUUCGGGUACAGAGCACUUCAUGUACGAUACGAUCUGUUUCUGACACAUGUGUCGUGGCCAGUGUGUUGCGAAAUAGCGCAUUCCCGAACGCAAACCAUGAAUAUUUGCAGUCAGGCUUAUCCAUGCCUUUCCGCCAACUCUGGCAUGCGCUCUUUCUCGUUCACACGUGCAACUACGUCACCGCAGUGCCGUGCGGCACACUGUAAGCACCCUCCCUCUCAGUGCGUUAAGGGUUCUCAAAUGGGCCUGCGGCGCCUGACGAUAACGCGGCGUCCACGUGAAGUCUACGUAUGGAACUCUUGAGACCUGUGAACGUGGCCCUUGCAGCAUUCAAUUCGCUUCUAUACCUAGCAUGCAUCAAUGUCGAACGCAAAAGUACCAGAUGUUUAAUAAUUUCUUUAUGAAUCAGCUGAAUGCGUGUAAACAGAAACUGACAUCUGAAGUGCAUAACUUGCUCUCGAAUCACUGCGGUGAUGCGAUUUGGACGCACGUGUAAACGCAGCCCUUCACAUCACUGUACUGCGUCAUUCGUGGACGUGCGUGAAUGACCCCUUUUGCCCCCUUGUGGUCACGGCAGCCUACUUUAUGUUCAGGGUCGUCUCUGUCUGUUACCGUCGCUGCUGCCUUGCACGAGUGUGUGAACAUGCGGCGGCAAAUUGCCGCACGCUUUUUUUCCCUCCUACCACAAUGUGCCCGGUUUUCAUCCCCUGCGGCGGCUAGAGCGCGCACGCAUUGAAACCAGGAACUUCAAUAUGCAUAUCAGCUUCACGUGAAUGCAGCGGCCUGCCUCGGUACGCUGCGGAAGCAUCUAUCACACUUUCGGUCGGUCGUGUGUCACGUGUGUUGACGAAUGUACAAGGCAAAGUGUCUGAGCCGGUAUUCACCUGCUUCUCGCCGACUCGGCCACACCUAUUUGACCAGGUUGCUUGAUGCAUCCGCAAUUAGGAUAAAGUUUUCUGCAUCUUCAAUAAGCACUUGAUGAGAUUUCGUUCACCCAACUGAAAAUGUGGCGGAGGCAUGUUUAGCUGAACAGGAACAAGGCAGCAUGGGGCUUACUACUGCUUUGAUAGAAACUCUUUUUGGCUCAUGGCUUGAGCUGUUUUAUUUAUCCGAAACGCUUUAAUAAUCAAACUGAAGUUUUUCAGGUCAAGGUAACCUGCAGACAAGAAAGCAAGAGGGAGCCACAAGGUAACUGGGCGUUCGUGCUCCAACACAUGUUUCAAAUGGUGCCCAAGAACACGACUGCAGAAAAAAUGAUAAGCAGAUUAGGAAAACAAGCGUUGAAUAUCAUAAGAAAAUUUUAUUGCGAAAAACAAGCAAAUGGUAUUUUUUUCUAUUUUUGGAAUACGGCAACUGUAUAGUCCAAGCAGAAGAGGGCUUCCGCUUGGACAUCAGACAGCCGUGUUUUGUUCGUAACGUAAUUUUUUAUAACAAGCCCGCUUGCACUCUAACGCUCUAACUGGCACCGUUCUUCGAAAAAAAUAUCGUAUUCUACACGUAAUAUUGUUUAAUACAACUUGCACAAAGCACUAGUCGAGAUUUAUUGAAUCCUUUGCUGCAUGGGCAAUUCGAAAUGAGUCUUAAAGAGAUUACGGAUGUGUUGUCUUUUUUGUCUAAUUGCGGGGGUUAUUGCGUCGUAUAUAUUAGCUGCCGGAAAAAAAUGCACUUCAAAAUUCACAAACGCUUACUUUUCACCUAGUUAUAAUAAACUAUGGAACGUUAAUCAUCACAACAAUCACAAAGGAAACGUUUAUAACUACAUUUCUUUACCUCAUCAUUGCUGUUUCAGCUGGACACUUUGCGCUGUGCAAUUGUCAACUGUUUGUCGAUGGGUAACUCUUUGUUCAUUGUUUCCCUUGUCUGUGGUGUCGGAAGCACUUAUGGUCAACCUUUUUACCUGUGACUUCACUUCGUCUGUUCCAUAAAAAAAGUAUUUGCUUGACUUGAAGGUUUUCGUACAAAUACUUUUCUCAUUUUGUAUCUCGUUAUUGAAUGUUUAUUGAGAAAAAUAAACUGCGCAUGGACGUUGACAUGGCGUGGGUGGAAUCGGCGCCAUAUAUCAGAAGCAGUGUUUAUGGCUCACUGGCUGUUUGCGAAUUAUGUUCUCACAGAUAAGCCCUGUCAGAAAAUUAUGGGCACAGUGUUCUCAUAAAAUUUAAAGCGAAAGCAUUAAAUUGUUAGUGCUGAUGUUGCUUAGUUAAGCUUUAGUUGUUUAUCUACGAUAAUUAUAAUUAUAUACGUUAUAACGAGCCUACCAUCAUUGACUUCCCAAGCCCUAAAACACAUGAAUAACUUUGAUAGCUAGCAGAUUGAUAGAUUACCAAUUAAAUGCCAUAAAAACUUGGGCAGAUAUCAUCGGAGGUUCAUUGUCAGAGUGAAGUCAUGGCUUCCCAAUAGAACUACUAAGAUAUGCUGCUCGGGACACUUAUUUACUAGUUCGAUUGGUUAAAUGCUAUUAGGCUUAGGGGGCUGUAGCGUUGCAUUUCGUCUAGGGUCGACCUGCACGACAAACUAAUUUACAUCUGUGGCGAGAACAAAUCUCGUGGACUCGUGUUACAAUCGGCCCACCAAGUCACCACCUUAAAUAACACUGUAUCUAAGAUUGUCCCAGUUCACGUGGCCACACAGCCGUCAGCACAAUGUAAGGGAAGCGCCAAAGAAUGCUUUGCUUCAAAACUUGUGAAGCGUGUCGAAGGCAACAAUCUCUCCUACAAAUUGCGUCAGAUAGCUCGUUGCCAGGUUCAAUCCCCGUGUCCAUUCGCAGUUUACUUUUGUGAACAACCUCCGCUUUUGCGACGGUUUCGAAUAAAUAAUUUUCCCGUAUUUUUUUUUCUGUCGGAGUACUUUCAUAGACAGACAAUAUCUACGCUCUUCUCUGUACAGCUGUGAUGACUACAAAACAAACACCAGUGUACACUGACGUGUCAUUUGUGUGUCCGCUUUUCAAUUUGAUGCACCGAUAAGCGUCUGUUGCACCUCCUAGUCACAAUAGGCAGGAACAAAACACUUGUAUCACCACCUAACGUUCACCAAAACAUGGAAUGUGACCCUGUGUAUACGUUUGUGAACCUGAAAGCCAGAGUAUUCACGUGAUCCCCAUGACGACCUUUGACAUGCGUUUUCUGGUGCGUGUGCCGGUGCCACUAAAUUCCUCCCGGCGCCUCCUUCUCCGCAUCGUCAGUUGUUUCUUCUAUGAUGCCACUGACCGCUGCGCUUAAAAUAUGUAUAUUUCAGCCUUUUGCGUGACUUGGAUGUGCAUAAUAAUUCUUCGUAAAGAAACAUCUUAGUGAUCACACUAAGCUUGUGUGUUUAUUUUGUGCCUGCCAAGUGUCAUGAUAUGUUAUGUGAUGGUGCAAGGUACCCCUCGUGUUUUCCUUAUCCACUGAUGUUUCCGUCUCAUGCGAUACACCAUGGGUCAUUUGACAAAAAAGAGGCAUUAUUUGCAUAUUAUACGCAGGUUCACGUUGCUGAAAAUCCUGCUUGCAAAUAAAGUGAAAGUGUGCUGUUUAUCUUCGAUGUGAUAUUGUAGCAUUGGAGUAUUGAAUAGCACGACAGGCAAUGAAUAAUCUUUAGUUGAAGCAUCGUCAAACUUUGCCAACUUGUAAACUAGAGCACAAGGAUGAGAGCUCAACAUAGAGGCUUAGUUUGAGCUUGAACUGAUUGAAUGAGGCUUAUCUGAAUUGCGAAUUGUAAGUAUUAUUAGCUUGAUAAUAUUGAGUCGUUAUAUAUUAGUACAUUUAUUUACUACAUAAAUAGUAGCAAAACACUGUGCCGACUUGACAGUGGAGGCGAUACGCGUUUUAAGAAAUGUACCAUGUGUUAUAUUCGAAAUGAUCUAGCUUUUCCGGAAGUUCACAGAAAACGAAGUUAAAAGAGCAUUCGUGAGAAACAAAAGGCGUCAUUUUCAUUAAACAGUACUUACUCGCUGUUUUGUUCUGCAGAAGAUGAUUUUUGAAGUCAAAAACUCACCUCUUAUUAUUUUUUUUUACUUUGGUAAGGCAUUUUUAAAGCUCUCAGUGUAUUUAUUGCUGACUUCAAGCUAAUUCUUCCCAACAAUAUUACGCCGCGUAUCGAAAAGAUGAAAUUGUCAGUUUAAGAGAAUAACUUUCAUUACGAGAAAAACUUCAAUUUCUAAUCAUGACCAAAAAAAAAUUAACGCAAUAGCGAAUCCCCGGUUGCCGCUAUCGUGAGUCACGCGGCAGAAUGAAGCGCCUCUUUUACUUCAAAUGAUCCGUCGUGUUUGUGACCCACCCGGUCCGUGUGCAAAGGUCACACCUAUGCCGACAACUGCGCCCAAUCUCAUUUCGGCGACGACAUCGCCAAGAACACACCUCUUAAACCAAAUUGUGCCCACAGUGCAGUGAACCUGCAUCUUCCCCGGUGAGGGAACGUUUCUCGCCUGUUGCUUUUGGACAUGUGUUUUAAGCACAAAGCCACCUUCGACGAAGACACCUCGCACGAGUUACGUGCCACACAGCAGAAACUAACCACGCCGCCUCCGCCUCUUCUCAAACCGCGCCAAACAGCCGAAGCCCUCAGCAGGACGCAAAGCACCUUCUUCCCGGCAAAAAAAAAAAGAAAAAAAAAGCUCGCCGCUGCGCGGUUUUGUGACGCGCUUGCCUGAAGAAGCGACGUCGACCGUAAGAGGGCAAAGGUCAGAGCAGACGAUGGUAUCCAGACGACAGCCAGACGACAGCGAACGUCGAAGAGACCGGUACUCGCCGAAAGAUGACGCCACCUGAAUGUUCUGGCAUGACCGAGAAAAGAGGGGAAGAGACGUAAUCAGGGAAAGGAAAGUGUAGAUUAGCAAGGCGAGCGAGCGCCACCUUAUACCCUCUGCUCAAAGAACUCUCUCUCUUUCUCUCACUCCGCAUAGUGGUCCUCGAGGAACAUUUGUUUUAUUUUCCCGCCGCACAAUGCCGGUCCGUGCGUGUGUGUGUGUGUGUGCGUGCGUGUCCCCUGGAGCCAGAACUGUAAAAAAAAAAAAACAUGCAACGUGCCCUCUCGUGAAAAGAAAAGCAAGGCCGGCUUUGUUAUCCGCUACCCUUGCAUCGUUAAAUCUCGAGCCUUGCUUUUCCCACUCGUUCGUUUUCUCAUCGCGCCAAGAGUCUAGCCUCUAAUACCGCAUAACCAUCAUUCUAGGGCAUAUCACUCGUAGACGAGGCUGCUCCCCUGGCCCCGGGCUCUUAGUGUCAUGUGGUUCCGCCAACUGUGAUCCGCCCGGCCUUGUGAGUAGCCCGCUAGAUGAAUACUGGGUUGCUCGCCGCCCCUCGCAAGCUGACUUACCGAAGACAUCUUUUUCAAGCCACUGCAGCAGUACCCUGACGGAAGUGUUCAGAUAAUCUAUGAGCCCAUUAACAAAUUCUUAGGCUGGGAGUAUUCGUAAGAACAGGUGUCAGACAACCGUCAUAGUGUACAUACUGGUGAAGGCAGCCAGCGAUUAACAAACAGCUGUUACGAACCAACAGCUUAGUGAAGUCGACCUCUCAACACCACAGGUGUCGUGAGGUUUGCACUCAGGAAUGCCGUGAUAAUGGAAGAUUGGCUAUAUAAUAAGUACGAUAGCCCUCAAUCACCUCACGCAUCAUCUGAAAGGAUAGUGUGUUGAAACGUCGCUGGCUUUAUUUUCGCUGUUUCUAUGUCCUGAACCACUACCUAGCAUAAACAAAACUAACUGACUGAGGAGAUGUGUUGUGACGGAUCACACUACACUGACCGCAAACGAAAGGCACCGAAACUAUGACACCGACUUUGUUGUAGCAAACGCUUCUAUUUGAAGUUGUAUCGCAGCCCGGCGCUAAAAAAAAGUGCCAAUAAAUUGAGUAGAUUGCAAACACAAGCAAAAGCAAUCAAUCUGAAACGUAGAUUACCACGAACACAAAAUCAAAUUUUUGUUUAGGUUAAGCUUUAUGGCAACUUUUUUGCGCAUUCAUAGCAUUGCGAGUCUACUGAAAAGUGCACCCCGCGUAUGUUUGUAGACGUUGUGUUCUUUUUUUUUUUUAUUAUACAGUAGGCAGUUUGCUAUAAGGAGCGUCAUUUUUCACCAGCUCAGUUGAGACAUUUCGACUCGUGUAACAUAUAAAAUGGCACAAUAUUUCAUAUUCGUGACAAAGAGCCGGAUUAUCGACAGCAGCACAAAAUCGAUGCUGAAGGCUCCUGCCUCGAAUGUAAUUAGCGUCAAAAGCUUUCAUUUUUGUUGCAUUUAUGCGGAGGAAUCUCAUUCUUCCAUAUACUACUAUACUUAAAUUACAAGCUUUCUUUAUUUUUCAGUAUUUUCCCCGCUUACAAUGUCCGUAGUCCGAAUUAGUGAUUUAUUAAUAACGUCAAUGUAUCAAAAAAUGUACCAAGAAACCUUUCUAUCAAUGAACCUGAGAGCUUAAGAUGUUGGCCCCAAACUGCAAAUUUUGCGAGCCGGCCUGAUGAUCUUUGGGUCAGCUUCCGAACGGCUGCCUGCAAUCGCUCCUCGCUAUUCUCCUUCUCUUCUUCGCCCAGUUUAGUCUACUAAGUAUGAAUUAACCAAAAAAAAUUAAUUCCUCAGUGUCGCAAGUGCCGUUGAGAGAACCUUUCUAUAAAUAACAUGGACCGAAUCGCCCGCGCUCAUUCUCUCAACAUCUCUACCUAUCCGGUAGUGUCGGUGUACAUAGUUGUGCAUGAAUCCGCAAGAUGUUAAAAGGAAGACGCCAUGCCACCACACGUUGAGUUGUGUUUCUCUCGUUGUAACAGUGGAGAGACAUGUAAUAGUUGUUUGCGGAGCUGGUGACAAACGUGCUCUUGCGUAGGCCAUUUGUAUUGUGGGUACCUUUUUUUGUUUCAUUACCUUGUCCUUCUCCUUAGACCUUCUGUCCUUCCUUGGCUUCAUGAGUACGUUGGCAAUAUUUCGCAGAUAAUAUAAUUCUUGAAUGUGUUAUCGCUUGCUUGUUUUCCCGGCUGCUCGAGAUUGUUCAUGUGUACACGAUGUGUUCGCGUUUACUUCCUGUUUCACUUCCUGGCUACUUACCUGGCGUGUGUUCCCUUCGAGUUUGCUUUCCUUUUUCUCUCACGAUCCUUGCACGUUUCAGUGAAAUAUUCGGCAAGCAAAAUUGAGCAGCCCCCAUUGUUUAGCAGUGUUUUCAAAGUAUACAUGUGUGUAACAGGUAUUCUCGAGUGUUUAUGCGCCUACUAUGACUCCAGCUGUUGAGUAAAAAGGUUUUAAAAAGA